AUCCUGCCCGUCGCCUUUGAUUGGUCUGGCCUGGCAACAGUGAUCCUGCUGCUUGCGCAGGAACUGGCAGAGUGAGUGAGUUGUCAACAGUCUGUAGUACAAGAGGAUACGAUAGAGCACUCACGGUGAGCUGUAAGUACAAACCAGCCCGGUGGAAGGACAUGAAAGCGGCAUACGACUGUGACACAUCUGUAGGACUGCAAUGACAAGUCCGAGCAGUAGCCAUGCAGAAAGAACAGGUGCAAUGUCCUCAAAGAAGCCGGCCACCCCCAAACUGCAGGUCCAGCGUUCCCUAUCAACAGAGACCAUCACCAUCCACUUCUCUGCCUUUGGGAAGGAGGAAGAGGAGGAGGAAGAGGAGCUGUACGGAGAUUCUUCCCCGGAGGAGCUGGCCGACCAAAUCGUUGUAACUGCCCUCGAAGCCAAUGAAGAGCUUCCGUUUGAGCAUGAUCCCACUACCUCAGCUAGCGUGGCUGUCCUGCCGGUGGCCUCAUCAACACUACCCUCCUCUUCAGCAGCAGCGGUGCCAAGCGAGUUCUCCACCUUCCCAUCCGUGCCACACGUCUCCAGCACAGCUGUGGUCAUAUUGUCGCCCUCGCCAGCCCAUGUGAUCGCUUCGGCAAGCUUGGGGAGCUCGUCCUGGCCUUCGGAACACAAAACAGCCGUCGCCACCGCGAGCACUUUGCCAUCCUCCUCUUCCUCCCCAUCGAAAUCGGCGGUCCUCUCCUUCGGCACGCCUGUGUCCACCCUCCCCAGCACCAAGCCCUUCAUGAGCCUGGUCAAGUCUCUCACCUCUGACGUGGAGCCCAAAGAGCCAUCGCCCACGCUGAGGCACCGGCACCUGAUGAAGACGCUGGUCAAGUCCCUGUCCACCGACACCUACAGGUCGGACGCAGACUCUGUGUCGUACCGCUCGCCGGACUCCCGGCUGAACCUGCACCUCUUCAAGCAGUUCACCCAGCCCCGCGGUACGGGUGGGGACUCUAAGACUGCCCCCUCAUCCCCCCUCACCUCCCCCUCGGACGGACUCUCCUCGUUCUUCAAGGUGACCGAGGUGGAGGCCAGGAUCGAGGACACUAAGAGGCGCCUCUCAGAGGUGAUCUACGAACCUUUCCAGCUCCUCAGCAAGAUGAUGGGCGACGAGAGCUACAGGCCGAAGGCGUUGUCUUCGAGCACCUCCGAGCUCUCGAACCUCACCAGUUUGAACGGACUCCUGGAGAACAAUAACAACUACAGCAUCAAGGAGGAAGAGUGUGACUCGGAGGGCGAGUGUCUGCUGGAGGAUUCGCUCCCUGGCCGGAUUGAAAGCUCCUCAAGCUUGGAGGAGCAGGGGAGAGACGCGCACCCUGACGCUAAAAGCCUGCUAGGCGGCGGCACGAAGAACGUAAGGAUGUCGUCUUCAGUGAUGGAGAAGUGCUCUCUGUCUGCGCUGGCCAGCAAAGAGGACGAGGAGUUUUGCGAACUGUACAAUGAAGACUUUGACCUGGACUUCGAAACGGAAAGCGACGGACUCAAACCAGAGGUCUCCAGCGCGGUGGCGCGUAAGGAAGGAAGCACGGACGUCUGCAGUGAAGAUGAGCCCGAUGUUGAUGAUGAGCCGCUGCCCAGCAUACCUCUCAAAACCUUGCUCGCUCUCAUCGCGCUUGUGUAUGCCUACUUUGUGCUGCCUUUGCCUACUUACAUGAGCGGCUUGCUGCUGGGAGCUGCGGUCGGGUUCAUGAUCGCUAUCGGGGUCGUGUGGCUGGUGGCGCCCAGGAGCUCCGCACGUCUUCACAAGCCCGGCAAGCGCAGGGGCCACCAGUGGAACACUGCGCACUUGGAUAUCAAGGAGCCCGGGAUCUUUAAGGGCUGGAUGAAUGAAAUCUACAGUUACGACCCGGAAACGUACCACGCCACGCUGACCCACUCUGUCUACGUGCGACUCGAGGGGUCCACGCUGAGGCUCUCCAAACCCAACAGAAACAUCUCCAGGAGAGCGUCCUUCAACGAGCCCAAGCCAGACGUCACCUACGUCAGCCAGAAGAUUUAUGAUCUCACUGCCAGCAAGAUUCACCUUGUGCCCCAGAGCCUGGCCCGGAAGAGGGUUUGGAACAAAAAGUACCCGAUCUGCAUCGAGCUGGGCAAGCAGGAUGAUUUCAUGUCGAAAGCGGAGGCGGGGGGUGACAGGGAGGGAGUGGAGGAGAGCGUUGAGGCAGGAGGGGAGGAGCUGAAGGGACUGAAGCAGCCCCUGCUCUCCCAGGAGGGGGGGCUGCCGGCCCAGCCGCCCAGCCACAGGGACCCCACGCUAUACCUCUUCGGUCGGACGGGGAGGGAGAAGGAGGAGUGGUUCCGCAGGAUCCUGCUGGCUUCCCGGCUCAAGUCAGAAGCCAAGAAAGCAUCCAGCUUACCAGGAAACAAGCCGGGUAAAGAAAGCAGCAGCAGCAGCAGCUUGUGGUUCGCCCCGUCUCACAGCAGGAGUAACAGCCAGUCGGGGGUGCUGACGCACAGCCGCAGCAGCAGCAAGGGCAGUGUGGAGGAUGUGAUGUCUCCGCCCAAGCAGAAGGAGCUGGCGGUCAGCGUGAGGCAGAAGAUGCUGCUGGACUACAGCGUGUUCAUGGCCAAAUACAUCCCCCUGGAGAGCAGCAGCAGCCCUGCCCAGAGCCCGGCCCACAGCACUGACAGCAGCCCCAGCGCCGCCAGCAAGUUGCCAAGCAAUCCGCUAGAGGAAGAGCCCGAAGCCUGGGUCAACGCUUUGCUCGGGAGGAUAUUCUGGGAUUUCCUCAGAGAGAAGUACUGGUCUGACAUUGUGUCCAAAAAGAUCCAGAUGAAGCUGAGCAAAAUCAGGCUGCCGUACUUCAUGAAUGAACUGACUCUAACAGAGCUGGACAUGGGAGUCGCUGUUCCAAAAAUCCUGCAAGCCUCCAAGCCCUCCAUCGAUCACCAAGGUCUGUGGAUUGAUUUGGAGAUUUCCUACAAUGGGUCUUUUCUGAUGACGCUGGAAACUAAAAUGAACCUGACGAGGCUGGGCAAGGAUCCCGCCGGGGAGGGGCUCGGACGAGUCGGGGAAAUCGGGAAAGAAGGGAUCAGGCCGAGGACGUACUGUCUGGCAGACAGCGACGAGGAGUCCUCGAGCGCCGGCUCCUCGGAUGAAGAGGACCCCCCUGACCUGCCUGCGGGAGACAAGGCUUUAGCACUGGGAGCAGAAGGCUUCGUCGGAGGGCACCGAGCCAGCAAGAUUAUGAGAUUUGUGGAUAAAAUUACGAAAUCCAAAUAUUUUCAGAAAGCUACAGAGACUGAGUUUAUUAAAAAGAAAAUUGAAGAGGUAUCCAACACUCCACUGCUGCUGACUGUGGAAGUGCAGGAGUGCAGAGGCACUCUGGCUGUGAACAUUCCCCCCCCACCUACUGACAGGGUGUGGUAUGGUUUCCGAAGCCCGCCGCAUCUGGAACUGAAGGCUCGUCCCAAGCUGGGAGAGAGAGAAGUGACUUUCGCACAUGUGACGGACUGGAUAGAAAAUAAACUGGAGCGCGAGUUUCAGAAAAUAUUCGUCAUGCCAAACAUGGAUGAUGUGUACAUCACUGUAAUGCAUUCAGCCCUGGACCCCAGGUCAGGAGUGGUGGGGGAGCCUGCGAAGGAGCCCAGCCCGGAGGCUGCUGAGCGCCUAUAAAAUGUGAAGAACUCGCUGUUUACAGUAUUUUGAAGGGGGAGGUCCGGGUGCUCGGAGCUCUGACCCAGUCUCAUCUUUCAACCACUUGUGCCACCUUCGUAUCAGCUUCUUGGGAUCUGUCUGUACUGGAAAACAACUGUGCUUCACCCACUCCCCCUCACAGGACUGCUGCCCCCCUCGCUUCACCCACUCUCCCUCGCAGGACUGCUGCCCCCCUCGCUUCACCCACUCCCCCUCGCAGGACUGCUGCCCCCCUCGCUUCACCCACUCCCCCUCGCAGGACUGCUGCCCCCCUCGCUUCACCCACUCCUCCUCGCAGGACUGCUGCCCCCCUCGCUUCACCCGCUCCCCCUCGCAGGACUGCUGCCCCCCUCGCUUCACCCGCUCCCCCUCGCAGGACUGCUGCCCCCCUCGCAGGACUGCUGCCCCCCCCCCCCCCCCCUCCAAUUAUCAGCUUGCUGCUCAGUUUGCUUUCAAUAGAAUAAUAAUAAUAAUAAUGAGUGAUCCAUCUCAUUAGAAAUGCAUUCACCCGUCACCUUAUAUCCAGAUAAAGACAGCUAUCAUUCCAAAGGCACUGCACCACGCAGCAGGAUGCAAGUCGCAUUAUCAGACACUGUUUGCACAGUUCCGGAUUACAGGAGGAAUUAUGAGGAUCGAGGUGGAAGAAGAAAAAAAAAAGAUCACUUUGUGGUGUAUGUGUGUGUGAAGGCGGGCAACUGCUCCAUCGUUAUACCCGAGGGUAGAGCAUGUAAUACUGCUAUGUGUACAGUAUGGGCAGGGUCUGCAGGGGGAUGAACAGGUUUCAGGUUGUUUAUUUUGAAUUAAGUGGUGUAUAAGUCACUGCAGGUGAUCUCCAAGGCUUUAUAUAAAAAUACCACAGAUUUAAAGACACACCUUAACCAAACCUGCAUAAUCUGGUCUGCAAACACUAACAACAACUUGCUUGUAAGAUUCAGCUGACCCUGUUAUUGAAUGCUCUGGAUAACCCCCAGCCCCACACUCCACCCCGCCCAUAUUUACUGAAACAGAAUCUUUUGUAUGAGAAGUGGAGUUUUAAUGGCUAGACAUGGCUUCUUCAAUUCGAAUGCCUCCACAGAAGUUUUUAUCCAGCUAUAGGGCAGUUGUAUGUGUACGACGACGAGAGCAUUUCAGAACCCCUUUAUCGGAAGCCUGUGUUUAAAAGAUGUAUAUAGGUGAUUAAUAAGACUUUGUAAAUGAAUGUGUGGUUAUUUGAAGUGUUCAGUUCUGAAUGCAGUUCAAAGAUGCAAUGGUAGCUAGCUGAGAUGUGCAGCCGUUGGGUUGUAAAGAAUGAACAGUUCCCGAGAUGAAUAUUAGCUUUUUCUAUAUUAAUACUGUAUAGAAGAGCUGUGCUGUCACUUUCAACAAGGGUGCAUUCAGAGCACCCGAUGCUGUGUUCCCCAUUCAGACUCCACCCGUUACAUUUGUGAAAAUGCCAACCAUAGGAACAUGAUUUACAUUAAAUAGGAUCUCUGAAUUCUAAGGAUUAUCAGUAACUUAGAUGGAUACUCGUGACUUAAAACAGCCAUAAUCAAGAAAUAUUAGCCAUGUUAUUGAGAUGCCUUCUGUGAGCCAUCGGUUUAAUAGUCUGUGCUCUUUUAAUGUUCUUUGAGACGGGAUAACUAAAACAGCAAUCGAUUUAGCACCGUGUCUCUUCACUAUCAAGUCUGAUUGUUCGGAGAAUAGGCUUCAUUAUUGACAAUACUUGUAUUUGGUAAAACUAUUCUGGAGUAUUCAAGUCUUGUUUAUUUUUCUAAUGCUGAAGUAGCUUACUUGCGAGUAUUUGUUUUUCAGUAAAGGAUCACUGCGUUGCACAGCGUUUGCGUACCGUAUUCUCGUGCGGUCGAUGCCAUGGGCCGGUGUUUGCGUGCAUCCUCAUUAAGGGAUGGCACUUUCAUUUAAAAGGAGUGAUCACCAAGGCUUCAGACCCUCUUGAUAACACUAGAAUGAUUAGUCAGGGAUGUGCAGAUUUAUUAAAGUAGGUUUGAGAAAGUUGAGAUGUUAGUUUUAAACGUUCCAAAAUCUAGUGUUGUAUUUCAGCAAAUCUGCAUAUCCCUGAUUUAAAUCUGGAUUUAAAAAGGAAGGAAGAAGGAAUCAGGGACCAAUGCUCAUUUCAGUACUUUAAAGCCUUCGUGAUCACUCUUCUAGGUCGACCAGUCUUACUUACAAACACGUGGAACUGCAGGGCAUUUGUCAGUGAUGUUGUAUGCAUCUGGUUUAGUGUAUAUUUAAUAACUGAGUGACUGGAACAGUGAUUCUGGUAUGAAACGAAUACAGAUUUUGCCUUGAUUCUUAUGUUGCAAACCAUUGCUGUGAACUGCAAAAUGUCCCGCUAUUUGCACUUGUAACUAUGCUUAAACAAAAAGAAUUAUCAGUGCAUAGAUUUGUAGCACAACCUUGCAAGGACAUUGAACAAAUAAGUGUUUUUUUUUUGUUUAAUGGUUUUUUGAUUUUUGAAAAAAUCUAAAUAUGAAACAAUAAUAUAUUUCAAAAUCUUUUUUUUUUGUAUUUUUUUUUCAGUUUGCCAUAUUAGUACAUAAUUGUUAAUUUAUUAAAAUUGUGGAGCGUACCUGCCUUUGUUGUACAACACUACCACAUGACUGCUCAUCCAUUCAUUAAGUUUUGCAUGGCUUGCAAUCAGGCCAAUGCAAGCUGUUUUUUUGUUUUUUUUUUUGUCUACAAAUCUAAGGACAAAAUGCACUAAAGUCUUAUCUAAUGUAUGGAUUAUGGCAUACCACACUUCAUAUAUUAAGCUAUGGGGAAGUGAAACUAGCUUGCUGUGAUUUUAAUAAAUGUGUCCAGCUUCCCUUAUG